UGAUAGAGGAAAGUUGUUCUCACCGGCAACUGUAGCUCUAAAAUUCCUAAUUUGUAUAAUCGUGACUUCAAUACUCAUUCAUUCUUAUUACUGACAAAUCAUGGGUGGUAUAUUUUCUUCGAUUGUAGGCGGAGAGGCAGAUUCCGCCGUGGAAUCGUCUGAACCGUCGCGCGUCACCGCCUUUCACUCGUCUCAGCGCUGGCAGCUCCAUUUCGAUGCCUCUAAGAAAUUAAAUAAACUGAUGGUGGUGGAUUUCACUGCGACAUGGUGCGGGCCGUGCAGGUUCAUGGCGCCGGCCUUCGAAGCGAUGUCCGCCAAAUACACCGACGUUGACUUCGUCAAAAUUGAUGUCGAUGAACUCGCUGACGUGGCAAGGGAGUUCGCAGUGCAGGCGAUGCCAACGUUCGUGUUGCUAAAGCAGGGGAAAGAGGUGGAUAGGGUCGUCGGAGCAAAGAAGGAUGAGCUUGAGAAUAAAAUUGGGAAGCACAGGGAAGCUCCUAAAUUUGCUGCAUAAACUUUUAUUUCAUUAAAAGGAUUUUAUGAAUUCAACUCAUGGUAUAUUACUAUAUUAUGUGUAAAAUGGACGUGAGUGAAUCAACUCGAUUGUGAUAGCAUUUGUGAGCAAAUUUAACAUUAUGCCAUUCUCAUUGGGAAUCUGUUCACAUUUGUUUGAAAUUUUAAGUGUGUGAUUGAAAUCUACUUGACAUUGAAGAAA